AUGAACUUCGUUGUUAUACGAAAGAAUCUUGAUCCUGGACAGCGAUGUUUAUUGUCGAAUUAUAAAAGUGCAUACCAAGAGGUUGACGAAGUGGACUUGGCAUAUGACCACCUGAUGCAGAAAGAUGACAAAGACAAGCUACUUUCAUAUGCUAGAAUCAUUGGCGAACCAGAUGGGUUUCGAAUUGGACGGGUCAUUAUUUCCCCUGAUUUUCGAGGACAUGGCUACGGACGCAGGAUUUCUCAAGAAGCCAUCCUACUGAUAAAAUGA